AAAAACGUGCUGCUCUCCGAAUUUGAUCCCUGCGAUGUUUCAGAAAACAUUGACAAUGAUAACCAAAUCUAACACUCGCGGUCAUUUAUGUAUAUUUAAUCCACAAUCCAUCGAUCAGCAAGAGAUUUUGAGAACGACGCGCGCUGACAGACAACAAGGAGGUAAAAGAGGACGUUUAUAUAAAAUACUUAUAAGUUCUCUUCUUAGUGGACAAGACUUCAAGAAAGUCCUGCUGAACGAUUGAUUGUUUUCUCAAACCAGUGCUGAUCAGAGGAGUGAGGAAAGGACUCUCUCUCUAAGAUGAGUCUCUCAGAGAAACACAGUGUAAGAUCAGGAUCACAUGUGUCCUGCUCUGUGUUUCUGAAGAGUGACCGGUCAAAAGGUAUAGGACCAAACUUCGGUGGGGAAAAACCAUCAUCUAAUAAAAGUGUAAGAUCAGGAUCACACGUGUCCAGCUCUGUGUCUCUGAAGAGUGACCGGUCAAAAGAUGAUGGACCAUUCUUCAGUGGGGAAAAACCAUCAUCUAAUAAAAGUGUAAGAUCAGGAUCACACGUGUCCAGCUGUGUGUCUCUGAAGAGUGAUCGGUCAAAAGAUGAUGGACCAUUCUUCAGUGGGGAAAAACCAUCAUCUAAUAACAGUGUAAGAUCAGGAUCACACGUGUCCAGCUCUGUGUCUCUGAAGAGUGAUCGGUCAAAAGAUGAUGGACCAUUCUUCAGUGGGGAAAAACCAUCAUCUAAUAACAGUGUAAGAUCAGGAUCACAUGUGUCCAGCUCUGUGUCUCUGAAGAGUGAUCGGUCAAAAGAUGAUGGACCAUUCUUCAGUGGGGAGAAACCAUCAUCUAAUAAAAGUGUAAGAUCAGGAUCACAUGUGUCCAGCUCUGUGUCUCUGAAGAGUGACCGGUCAAAAGAUGAUGGACCAUUCUUCAGUGGGGAAAAACCAUCAUCUAAUAAAAGGCUUCAAUAUGAGACAUUAGACUCAGACGUUCAGACUCGCAGGAAUCACAAGAAUUUCCUGUGGAUCUUCCAGGAUCUUGAGAGCAAAAUAAUCACAUUUUUGAAGAACGAGCUGGAAAAGUUUAAGAAAAUAUUACAAAAUGAGAACUCACAAAACUUAGUGAAGGACUUUAAUGAGAAUAGAUGCAGUAUCAAAGCAGCAGCUCUUGAUCUCACACUACAUUACCUGAGAGAGAUGAAGCAAGAUGAAGCUGCUGAUGCUCUAGAAGUUGAGCUGAUCUUCAUUCAUCAGCUAAAAUGUGGCCUAAAGAAGAAGUAUCAAUGUGUGUUUGAAGGAAUGGCGAAGCAUGGUGACUCCACACUUCUGAAUAACAUCUACACAGAUCUCUAUAUCACUCAGGGUGGCAGUGAACAGGUCAAUACUGAACAUGAGGUCAGACAGAUUGAAGUUGCUUCCAGGCGCCAUGAAUCUCAAGAGAUUCAGGUUAAAUGCACAAAUUUGUUUGAAGCUCCUGAACAAGACGAGGAGAUCCGAACUGUACUGACAAAAGGAGUUGCUGGCAUCGGAAAAUCAGUCUCUGUGCAAAAGUUUGUUCUGGACUGGGCUGAAGGAAAAGAAAAUCAAGAUAUCAGUUUCAUAUUUCCUCUUCCAUUCAGAGAGAUGAACUUAAAGGAGAAAGAAAAACUAAGUUUGAUGGACCUUAUAACUUAUUUUUUCCCAGAGACAAAAGGACUGAACCUUACAAGAAGGAAUCGAUUAAAAGUCCUGUUCAUCCUUGAUGGAUUGGAUGAAUGUCGCCUUCCUCUGAAGUUUCAUUGUAAUGAGAUGUGGUGUGAUGUAUCGUCACCAGCCUCUCUGGAUGUUCUCCUAACGAACCUCAUGAAGGGAAAUCUGCUUCCUUCUGCUCUCAUCUGGAUCACCACCAGACCAGCAGCUGCCAGUAAGAUUCCUCCUGACUGUAUCGACCGGCUGACAGAGAUACGAGGAUUCAGUGAUGCACAAAAGGAAGAGUACUUCAAAAAAAGAUUCACGGAUCAGAAUCAGGCCAUUACAAUCAUUGAUCAUGUUAAAAAAUCAAAGAGUCUCUUUAUCAUGUGCCACAUCCCAGUCUUCUGCUGGAUUUCAGCCACUGUUCUCCAUAACAUUCUGGAGGAGAAAAGAAAUAAUGAUGUGAAAAACAAUCAGGCUGAUGAGAUCUCUAAAACAUCACAGAAAUCAAAUACUGCAGACACUCCCAAGACUCUGACACAAAUGUACACACACUUUCUCCGCUUUCAGAUCCAGCAGAGCCGCCGAAAGUAUGAUGAAGAAUACGCAGCAGGUGUUUCCUGGGAUAAAGACACCAUCCUUUCACUGGGGAAACUGGCAUUUCAUCAGCUGGAGAGAAACAAUGUGAUCUUCUAUGACACAGACCUGGAAGCCUGUGGUAUUGACGUCUAUAAGGCAUCAGUGUACUCAGGCAUGUGUACCCAGAUCUUUAAGGAGGAAACGGGGAUCAUUCUUGGUACCAUGUACUGCUUUGUUCACUUGAGCAUUCAAGAGUUUAUUGCAGCCCUUUAUGCACAUCUGUUUCUAGACAUCAACAAGAAAAGUGUGUUUGAUCAUGAGUCUACAAAACAGGAAAACAAAAAUAAAUCCAUGAUUGAUUUUCUCAAGACUGCAGUGGACAAGGCGCUCAAGAGUGACAAUGGACACCUGGACCUUUUCCUUCGCUUCCUCCUCGGUCUGUCACUCCAGUCCAAUCGACGACUCUUACGGGGUCUGUUGACACAGCAAGACGGCAAUGACCAGAGCAACAAGGAAAUAGUUCAGUACAUCAAGCAGAAAUUAGAAGGUAAUCUGUCUGCAGAGAGAUCCAUCAAUCUGUUCUACUGUCUGAAUGAACUGAACGACCAAACUCUGGUAAAGGAGAUUCAGACCCACCUUAGCAAAGGAAGUCUCUCAUCUGGUGACCUUUCACCUGCCCAGUGGUCUGCUUUGGUCUUUGUGUUGUUGACAUCAGAGGAAGAGCUGGAGGAGUUUGAUCUUCAGAAAUUCAAGAAAUCAGACGAGUGUCUCAUUAGAUUAUCGGCAGUCAUCAAAAACUCCAGAAGAGCUCUAUGUCUGAUUUCUGCGGACUCGUGAGGAGAAAUGAACUGGAAAAGAUUUUCCGGCUGUUGUUGAGCAACCGGAGUGUGAGCUGUUAACGCUCCACCUUCUUUUUGAAAGCAGGCCGCAAGCAGCAGCUCAUUUGCAUUUAAAGUGACGCACAAAAAACUGCAUGUUUUUGGUCACACCCAAGUAGGGACAAAU